AUGAGGCCCGAGGAUACUAUAACACCUUAUGAGCUACAGGACGUUAAGGGAGAAGCUGUAUCCGCUUCUCGUAGUCCGCCAGAUAAUGAGGUCGAAUAUUUUGAUAAAUUAGGUGACGCUCGUCAAUACACAUCGAAUCUUGAGGGCGAAGGUACGCCAACGGAAGGUGUAUCAAGACAUAGGAUUAAGAAUCCUCUAUUUCGUAAUUUUAUCGAUUCUUUCAAAAGGGGUGAAACCACAGCACGUAUAGCUGAUUUGGAGAAUGAUUUGACUACUGCAGUAUCACCACAACUAUCCAAUUACCACGGUAGUAUACCUUCAGAUGAAGUCGUGAUCAAAAAGGAGGAAUUAAAGCGUGACAUCAACCAGCGUCACAUGGUGUUUAUGGCAAUUGGUUCUGGUGUCGGUACUGGUUUACUGGUUGGUAACGCAUCUACAUUGAACUCAGCUGGUCCUGCUGGUCUACUUAUUGGUUAUGCUCUUAUGGGUACUUGUGUUUACUGUGUGAUCCAAGCUGCAGGUGAACUGGGGGUUACUUAUGCUAACCUAAUUGGUGGUUUCAAUGCGUAUCCUGCAAUCUUAGUUGCACCAUCCUUUGCAUUUUCAGUCGGUUGGAUCUACACUUUACAAUGGUUAUGUAUGACACCAUUAGAAUUGGUUACAGCUUCGUUAACGAUCAAAUAUUGGACGACAAAGGUAGAUCCGGAUGUAUUUGUGGUUAUCUUUUAUCUGUUGAUCUUGCUGAUUAACUUUUUCGGUUCUAAAGGUUAUGCAGAAGCUGAUUUCUUCUUUAACUGUAUGAAAUUGGCAAUGAUUUCAGGGUUUUUCAUAUUAGGUAUUGUGGUUGCUUGUGGUGGUGCAGGUCACGACGGUUAUUUAGGUGGAAAAUACUGGCAUAAUCCAGGUGCUUUCAGAGGUGAGAAGGCAAUCGAUCAUUUCAAAGGUGUUUCUUCCGUCUUUGUCACUUCUGCUUUUGCCUUUGGUGGUAGUGAAUUUGUCGCUCUAUCCGCAUCUGAACAGGCCAAUCCAAGAAAAUCAAUUCCAUCUGCAGCUAAGUUGAUUCUUUACAGAAUUAUUUGGGUCUACUUAACAUCCAUUACCAUCUUAGGAUUUUUGGUUCCUUGGGAUAGUCCACAAUUGCAACCUUCUAGUGAUGGUAAAAAAACUUCACCAUAUGUUGUUGCCAUUGCCAUGCACGGUGUUAAAGUUGUUCCUCAUUUGAUUAAUGCCGUUAUUCUAAUGGCUGUUUUGUCUGUCUCCAAUUCUGCUUUCUUCUACAGUUCUCGUCUACUUCUUUCUUUGUCUCAACGUGGUUAUGCUCCCAAGUGGUUUGAUUACGUCGACAGAAAGGGUAGACCUGUAAGGGCUAUGUUAAUAUCUGCUCUAUUCGGUGUUAUCUGUUUCUGUGCUACUUCUAAGAAGGAAACUGAUGUUUUCAGUUGGUUACUGGCUAUUUCUGGUUUGUCUACCAUUUUUACCUAUUUCUCCAUUUGUGUGUCACACAUUAGAAUGAGAUCUGCCAUGAAAGUACAAGGAAGAUCCUUGGGUGAGCUUGGAUUCAGAUCUCAAGUCGGUACCUACGGUUCCUUUUACGCAUGCCUCUUGUUGGUAUUGUCAUUGAUGGCAGAAUUUUGGGUUGCACUUGCCCCCAUUGGUGAGGGCAAAUUAGAUGCAGAGAGUUUCUUCGAGAAUUACUUGGCAGCACCUAUUGGAAUUGUAUUCUACUUCGGUUAUAUGAUUUGGAAAAAAGACUUUAGGAUUUUCAUUAGAUCAAAGGAUAUAGAUUUGGAUUUCAAGAGACAAGUGUUUGAUGAGGAUUUGAUUAAACAAGAAGAUGAAGAGUACGCAGAACAAAUGAGAAACGCUCCACGCUGGCGCAAAGUUAUAGCUUUCUUGUUUUAG